CAUAAAUUGGUUUCAUUUGCGUGUUGGUAAACCCUAGUGUGAGUGUGUAGCGACUCAGAGCUUCAUCAUCGCAUUGGGGGAGACUCAGAGCAGAAGCGAAGCGAAGGGAAGAGAAGGAGAUGGAUCUUGGUAGCAUACUUCAGGCUGCUCUGAGUCCGAAUCCCGAUGAACGGAAGGGCGCCGAGCAGCGGUUGGAGGGGAUGCAGUCCGCCCCACAGCAUUCAGUCAGUCUCUUCCAAAUCAUCGUCGAUACCAACCGCGACAUGGCCGUUCGACAAGUUGCCGCCAUCAAUUUCAAGAACUUCGUCGCCAAGAAUUGGUCUCCCGAUCACCACAGCGAAAUAUCCAUCUCACCCUCCGAUAAGCUCCUCCUCCGGAAUCACAUCCUCAUCUCUCUCCCUCAGCUUCCUCCUCUCCUCAGGGUGCAGCUCGGUGAGUGCCUCAAAACAGUCAUCCAUUCGGAUUAUCCGGAGCAGUUUCCUCAUCUUCUCGACUGGAUCAAGCAGAACUUACAGGAUCAACAACAAGUCCACGCCGCUUUGUUUGUGCUGCGGAUUCUUUCAAGAAAAUACGAGUUCAAGUCAGAUGAAGAGCGGACGCCGGUUUAUGGCGUGGUUCAGCAUACUUUUCCUCUGCUCCUCACUAUAUUUAACGCCUUAGUCCAAAUUGCCAAUCCCUCAGUCGAAGUUGCAGACUUGAUCACGCUUAUCUGUAAAAUUUUCUGGUCCUCCAUCUACUCGGAGCUUCCAAAGCUUUUGUUUGAUCAAAAUGUAUUCAAUGCUUGGAUGGUGCUGUUUUUAAACGUAUUAGAGAGGCCUGUUCCCUUGGAAGGUCAGCCUGCUGAUCCAGAGCUUCGCAAGUCGUGGGGUUGGUGGAAGGUAAAAAAAUGGACAGUUCAGAUUCUAAAUAGGCUCUAUACUCGAUUUGGUGAUUUGAAGCUGCAAAACCUGGAAAACAAAGCCUUUGCCCAAAUGUUUCAGAAGCAUUAUGCUGGGAAGAUCUUGGACUGCUACUUAAAUCUACUGAAUGUCAUUAGAGUUGGUGGCUAUUCAUCUGACAGAGUUAUCAACCUGGUUCUUCAGUAUCUAAGCAACAGUAUUUCGAAGAAUAGCAUGUAUGCUGCACUGCAGCCUCGGCUUGAUGUUCUUCUUUUUGAAAUAGUUUUCCCUCUUAUGUGCUUUAAUGAUAAUGAUCAAAAGCUUUGGGAUGAAGAUCCACAUGAAUAUGUAAGAAAAGGCUACGACAUUAUUGAAGACUUGUAUAGUCCCAAAACUGCUUCCAUAGAUUUUGUCAGUGAAUUGAUUCGAAAACGUGGGAAAGAUAAUCUUCACAAGUUUAUACAAUUCAUAGUUGAAAUUUUUAAAAGGUAUGAUGAAGCACCUGCUGAAUACAAACCCUAUAGACAGAAAGAUGGUGCACUUCUUGCUAUUGGAGCACUUUGUGACAAAUUGAAGAACACUGAGCCAUACAAGUCAGAACUUGAGCAUAUGUUGGUUCAACAUGUCUUUCCCGAGUUUAGCAGUCCAGUUGGCCACCUUAGGGCCAAGGCCGCAUGGGUUGCAGGACAAUAUGCGCACAUUAGCUUCUCAGAUCAGAACAAUUUCCGGAAGGCAUUGCAGUGUGUUGUAUGUGGGAUGCGAGAUCCUGAGCUUCCUGUUCGCAUUGAUUCUGUUUUUUCUUUGCGUUCUUUUGUUGAUGCUUGCAAAGAUUUGAACGAAAUUCGACCCAUUCUUCCUCAACUCCUUGAUGAGUUCUUCAAACUUAUGAAUGAAAUUGAGAAUGAGGACCUUGUAUUUACCUUGGAAACUAUUGUGGAGAAGUUUGGAGAAGAAAUGGCACCUUAUGCUCUUGGGCUUUGCCAACAUUUGGCAGCUGCAUUUUGGAGGUGCAUGAACACCGCUGAAGCUGAUGAUGAGGUUGACGAUCCAGGUGCUCUGGCUGCUGUGGGUUGUUUACGUGCUAUUAGCGCGAUACUUGAAUCAGUGAGCAGUCUUCCUCAACUAUUUGUUCAAUUUGAGCCAACCUUGCUUCCCAUAAUGCAGAGAAUGUUAACAACUGAUGGUCAAGAGGUUUUUGAAGAAGUUUUGGAGAUUGUAUCAUACAUGACCUUUUUCUCCCCAACAAUAUCAUUGGAUAUGUGGACUCUUUGGCCACUGAUGAUGGAAGCACUUGCAGAUUGGGCGAUUGACUUCUUCCCAAAUAUUCUGGUUCCUUUGAACAAUUAUAUCUCAAGGGGAACUGCCCAUUUCCUUACUUGCAAAGAACCUGACUAUCAACAGAGUCUAUGGAAUAUGAUUUCAUCUGUUAUGGCAGACAAAAAUAUGGAGGACACUGAUAUUGAACCAGCUCCGAAGCUUAUUGAAGUUGUCUUUCUGAACUGCAAAGGACAGGUUGAUCAAUGGGUUGAGCCAUAUCUCAGAGUUACAGUUGAACGCUUGCAACGAACCGAAAAUUCACAUUUGAAAUGUCUUCUCAUGCAAGUGAUUGCAGAUGCUCUUUACUACAAUGCAGCACUGACUCUCGGUAUACUGCAAAAGUUAGGUGUUGGAUCAGAAUUAUUCAAUCUUUGGUUUAAUAUGUUACAAGGAGUAAAAAAGAAUGGCAUGCGUGCUAAUUUCAAGAGGGAACAUGACAAGAAGGUUUGUUGCCUUGGUUUGACAUCAUUACUUGCAGUUCCGGCUGGUCAAUUGCCUGGAGAUGCUCUUGGCCAGGUGUUGCGGGCCACUCUUGAUCUUCUGGUUGCAUACAAGGAUCAAGUUGCAGAAGCUGCAAAAGAGGAAGAAGCUGAAGAUGAUGAUGAUAUGGAUGACUUUCAAACUGACGAUGAAGAUGAAGAUGACAAUGGUUCUGAGAAGGAAAUGGGAAUUGAUGCUGAGGAUGGUGAUGAAGCUGACAGUAGUAAAUUUAGAAAGUUGGCUGAACAGACAAAGACAUUUAGGCCCAACGAUGAGGAUGAGGAUGAUGACGACUCAGAUGAUGACUUUACUGAUGAUGAAGAGUUGUAUUCUUCUCCAAUUGAUGAUGUGGAUCCUUUUGUUUUCUUUGUGGAUACGAUGAAAGUGAUGCAAUCAUCAGAUCCAUUGGGAUUUCAAAACCUUACCCAUACACUUGAGUUCUCUUAUCAAGCUCUUGCAAAUGGUGUUACACAGCAUGCUGAGCUCAGAAGAGGAGAGAUUGAAAAGGAAAAAUUAGAGAAGUCAUCAGCUGUCACGAAUUCUUAGCUCUAGCGUGUGUAUGUUCUUGGUAAGAGAAUCAGAUGGUUACAUAUUUUUUUGUGAGGCAUUUAUUGGCUCAGUGGUCCUCGUUGGUUGGUCCUGUGAACUUAAAGAGUUUUCAGGUUUGAUAUUGAUAUGGUGAGUUUGGUGGUCUGAAGUUCUCUUUGACUUCAGAGGAUGUGGAUUGAGUAGUUUGGUGGUUCGCACUAUCCAAUGGAUGGGAGAGUGGCCAUUCUUCUCAUUGUCCGCCCCUUCAAGUCUCUAUAUUUUGUUGAGUUGCGGUUAUGCUCUUUCCAAUAUAUGGCAACCAUUGUCUGUUCUUGGGUUGGCGCAGCAAUGGCUUGAUGAGUGAGUUUUUGUGGCGUUUCUCUCCUGUCACAUAGACAGGUUGGCUUGGCUCUGUGGGCAAUUUUUGGUGGGGAAUAGUUCAUAAUUCUUUCUAAGUUACAUUUUGGUCAUAAAAUUUUGAGUCGAAAGUAAAACAGUUUUGGGCUGUGCAAAGCUUUUCUAGUGUGGCUCGCUGCACAUUGUAAAACAGAUAUAUUAUUUUUUUAUCAAUAUUUAUAAUUUUUUUGUGUACAA